AUGACUUCCAGUUGUCCAGAAAGUGUUUAUUUUGUACCAUUAAUUUUGGCUGUAUGUUAUUGUGCACUUAUUACUUGUAUCUUGGCAAUAGUAUUAUACAAAUAUAAUUAUAAAAUAAUGAAUUUUAUAAAAAGAACAAAAAAAAACCAAAAUUCAUUGAAUAAUAAAAAAACAAAUGAUAAAGAAUCUUCUAAAAAAAGUAAAAAAUCAGUAUCAAUAAUUCCUAGUAAUUUACCAAUAACAGAUUUAUCAACUUCAGAAAUGGUUAAAGAUGAAAAAGUGGUUGUUGAAAAGAAUAACAAAGAAAAUAGUUGUGGAUUAACAAAUGUUUAA